AUGAUUGGUCAAAAUAUAACCAUCACCCUCACCUUCAUAAUCAUCUCCUUAUUGCAUCUCUCCAUCAAUAAUUCUCUCGCCUCAGCAGCAUCAACAAAAAAUGUCGACAAUGACGACAAUCAACAGUAUUCGAAACUCUAUAAUGACGUAGAAGAAAAUGGCGACAAUGACGUCACUUUUGAAUCGGACAAACGGAAGUGGUCCUCGAAUAAUAUGGGAAUGUGGGGAAAGAAGCGAUCCGAACUGGACCUCACCCCUAAAAGAGCCUGGUCCUCAAACAAGAUGGCCAUGUGGGGACGCAAGAAGAAGUCACCAAAGAUUGAAAAUAACGGCGGCAACGAUGAUGUCAUAAAUGACGGAAGCAGCAACGACAAUUACCACAAUUUGGAUGAAAAGGAUCUCGGGGAAAAUGCGGAAAAGCGAGAAUGGGCUUCAAACUACAUGGGUAUGUGGGGAAAGAAGAGGUCACAAAUGAUGCCUCCCGACAAUCUACACUUCCCAUUUUACAUCAUUUCCGGCAACAAACGGAAGUGGAUCGAUGCCGGAAGUUGGAUGAAUCAGCCAGCCAUUCAGCAACGUCGAAGCAAAUGGGGCUCCGGAAAAAUGAUGAUGUGGGGUAAAAGAUCGAAGCAGGGAACCUUCAACAGUGAUGAUGACGUCAUUCCUGCUCCAGAUGACGUUUAA